AUGUCCCCAACCCCAACGAUCGAAAGCCUGUCUGCGUCUCUGCACUCGUACCGCGGCCACCUAUCAAGGGUUAUAAACUCUGCCAACAAAUCGGUAUCCGAAUUUAUCGACUCCCAAGACGCAGCAUCUAUCAUCGAAAGGAAAGAAAACGUAAAGAAGUACUUCCAUAAGAUCGAAUCCCUCACCAUCGCCAUUCAAGAAUUGGAUCCUUCCAACAUAUCCAAAUACGACAUGGACCUCACCAAGGAUGAGGAGCGUACCGAUGACGUGAUCCAUGCCCUGUCGAAAGCUGCGAAGGCCAUCGCUAGCCCGCCCGCCGAUGUACGAAGACAUGCCGGAUCGAAAUCUCGUCGAAUCAACGAUUCCCUUAAGCCGACCGUCCUCUCGAAAGACGCCAGCCCGACUGAAUUGAGGCAUUGGAUCGAUUCCUUCAAAGCAUAUUACUCCUCGAAUGAUAUGGACGACUUCAGCAAGGAAGAAAGACGUUCCUAUUUCAAAAUAUUACUGGAUUCAGACCUCAAAACGAGAAUCAUGGCCAAAAUGAAUGAUAAUACCGACGUUUUUGGCGAAGACGGUUGCCUGCAGCUGCUCGAAAACGAUUUCCUGGGUCGCUACCCAUUAUUUUCCCGGAGACUCGAUUUUUUCCAAUGCCAGCAAAGAAACGGCCAAGCUUUCACAGAUUUCAUGGCAAAACUCAAGGAGCUCUCCAGACUCGCCGACCUCGAAAAACUAUCCGUGGAGGAAAUUUUCGUUUUUUGCCUGCUCCGAGGCACCACCGACUCCACCCUCCUCGACGAUCUCCUGGAACUACCAGAGAAAACCUUGAAAGACGUAGAAAACGCAGGGAAAAUGUACGAAAGCAAGCUGAUUUCUCGCUCCAAGCUCAACGCAAAUCCCAACGAAGCC